AUGGAAGGUCAUAGUGAGGCAUAUCGACCAGAUGAACUUGAGGAUGCCACAGAUGGUGUAUUUGCCUCCGAUCUCCCAGAACCAGAGAAAGUGGCAGAUGUGACGGAUUUACCCCGCUACCCUCCCCGAACCGAGCCGACUUCGAGAGGAUACAUUGGUGCACUUAUCAGGACUGUGAAGAAUGUUCCGUCCUGCGUAUGGGUCAUGAAUCAACACUCAGAGGAAAUCACCGUUGUGGUCUCGAAGUAUAGGCCAAAUCGAAUUCUCACGGGCGGGGGGUUGUCGGCCUCGCCCACGGGAGCAGGAUUGGAAUUCUCAGCCGCUACCUUCAAGAGUCCAGCCUCGCAGAAAACACUCGCCCCUCGGGCGAAGGGUUUGGAUUGUAGUACCGCAGUGUUUCCUCUGUGGACUCGGAAAGAGGGCUUUGGGGUAAUCACAAUAUUCAGUGGCCCUGAAAGAACCCUCUUCAUCGAGAACGACCGGAUUCCGCUCGGUGCCAUGGCCUAUUUCACGGGGAAGCCAGAUUUGCGCAUUAUUCGUCACUACCAGCCAUCAAUGUGCGGGGAUGAGGGCAGCCAAGAGUAA